AUGGACGGAUUCGCAACUCCAGCUCAACUACUAAUGAGUCGAAAUUUGAGAUCUACGAUUCCCGCAUUACCUACCCAUUUCAAGCCCGAAAUUGUUGAUGCACAAGAUUUUCAAGAUAAUCGUGAAAAAGGACAGCAGCAACAGAAAGUGUGCCAUGAUAAGAACGCCAACAGUCUUCCUUCACGCGAGGAAGGUGAACACGUUCGAAUGAGAGACGGGAAGAGUUGGAAACCUGUAACAGAAACGAAGAAUGCCAGCGAACCACGUAGUUAUAUCGUGCAAAAUCCUGAAGGACGAAAAUACCGAAGAAAUCGAAGUCAGUUGCUCAAGUUGAACAAUCAAAGUAGUUGGCAACUUAAAGAUAGAGAAGAAGAAAUGAGGUAA